GGCCGGCGGCGGCGGGCGGCGAAUGGCGGCGGCUCCGACGCGGAAGAAGCCGGGAGCGGCCGCCGCUCUCUGCGCCACGCUCUGAGCCCGGUGCCGGCCGGGAUGGCGGGCGGCGGAGCCCCGCGGGGGACGCGGCGCUGAGCGGCGGCUCGGCCGUGUUCUGAUCUGCUUUCCCGAGUGAGUGCGGUGUGGCUGGAGCCAACGUUUAACAAUGAGUGGUGCAGCGUUGGGCCUCGAGAUAGUGUUUGUCUUUUUCCUGGCCUUAUUCCUACUUCACCGGUAUGGAGACUUCAAGAAACAGCAUAGGCUGGUGAUCAUAGCAACAUUAUUGGCUUGGUAUCUCUGUUUCCUGAUUGUAUUCAUACUGCCUCUGGAUGUCAGUACGACUAUUUAUAAUCGGUGCAAACUUGCGGUUAACUCCAGUCCUGCAGAAAGUAAUGGCUCCUAUGUUACUCUUGCUCCAAGCAAGCAAAAAUGUUUCAAACCCUGGAGUUAUAUUCCUGAUGGAAUUAUGCCAAUUUUCUGGCGUGUUGUAUAUUGGACAUCUCAGUUUUUAACAUGGAUUCUGCUACCUUUCAUGCAGUCAUAUGCUAGAUCAGGCGGGUUCUCCAUCACUGGAAAGAUCAAAACUGCUUUGAUUGAGAAUGCUAUCUAUUAUGGCACUUACUUGCUGAUUUUUGGAGCAUUUCUAAUAUAUGUGGCUGUAAACCCAAACUUCAAUUUACAAUGGAACCAACUUCAGACUAUUGGAAUAGCUGCUGCAAACACAUGGGGUCUGUUCCUUCUUGUGUUGCUUUUGGGUUAUGGUUUGGUGGAAAUCCCUCGUUCUCACUGGAAUGGGGCCAAGAGGGGUUAUCUACUCAUGAAGACUUAUUUCAAAGCUGCCAAACUGAUGACUGAAAAAGCAGAUGCAGAGGAGAAUUUAGAGGAUAUUAUGGAGGAAGUCCGUAAAGUAAGUGAGAGUAUCAAAUAUAAUCACCCCUUGAGGAAAUGUGUUGAUACAAUACUGAAAAAGUGCCCUACUGAGUACCAGGAAAGAAUGGGUAGGAACAUGGAUGAUUAUGAAGACUUUGAUGAAAGACAGAACAGUUAUCCCAGUGAAAAAAGUUUGGCCAAACUUCACAAGCAGGUAAUCUAUUCAGUACAGAGACAUCGUCGUACACAGGUCCAAUGGCAAAUUCUUUUAGAGCAAGCAUUUUACCUAGAAGAUGUGGCAAAAAAUGAAAGCAGUGCAACUCGGCAGUUUGUUCAUACCUUUCAUUCCCAGGAACCAGAAAAUAAAAUUAUUCAGUAUUUCUACACACCAACGGUUGAGUGGUACUGGGAAUGCCUUCUGCGACCAUGGUUUUACAGAGUUCUCGCAGUUGUGCUGGCCACAUUCUCUGUAAUUGUUGUGUGGUCAGAGUGCACAUUUUUCAGCACAAAUCCAGUUCUGUCGCUAUUUGCAGUUUUCAUACAGCUGGCAGAAAAGACAUAUAAUUACAUAUACAUAGAGAUGGCCUGUUUUCUUACCAUCUUUUUCCUAAGUAUCUGUGUUUACUCUACUGUCUUCAGGAUCCGUGUAUUUAACUAUUAUUACUUAGCUUCACAUCAUCAGACAGAUGCAUACAGUCUCCUUUUCAGUGGCAUGUUAUUUUGCCGUCUUACUCCACCAUUGUGCUUGAACUUUCUGGGCUUGACCCAUAUGGAUUCAACAAUCUCUCACAAAAACACUCAGCCAACUGCUUAUACAUCUAUAAUGGGAUCCAUGAGAGUGCUGUCCUUUGUUGCAGAUGGAUUCUAUAUAUACUACCCAAUGCUUGUUGUCAUUCUCUGUAUUGCUACAUACUUCAGUUUAGGAACUCGUUGUUUGAAUCUUUUGGGAUUCCAGCAGUUCAUGGGGGAUAGCGAAAUGACCUCUGAUUUGAUUGAUGAAGGAAAAGAGCUAAUCAGAAGAGAGAAAAGAAAACGACAGAGGCAGGAAGAAGGUGAAAACAGAAGAAGGGAAUGGAAGGAGCGGUAUGGAAACAGAGAAGAUUCUACCAGAAGCAGAGCUGUCCACACAGACCAGAAAGAAUCCAGCUUCUCAGAGACCAGUGCCAAUAGACCACUAUCUAAGUAUACCCGUUCAAAUGGUAGGACUGAAAGAGAUAGAAUAGAACUCCUCCAGGAUGCAGAACCUUUGGAUUUUAAUGCAGACUCUGUUAAUGACGACCCCCUUGAAUCGGACUCGGGAAGGUACCAGCCUGGUGGAAGAUACCUGUCAAUGUCUCGAAGCAAAAUAUUUGAUGAUGUCUAAGCUCAUCAAAGCUAAAGAAAAUUCAGUGGAAAUCUAGCUCCUACUCAUUGCUUGGAAAAUACUGUAUUUGUGAUAUAUCACUGAACCGUCAAAGACUCUUUAAAAAACAUAUGAAGGAACAACUCUUUUGGAAAUGCACGUGUAUGAUAACUUCACAACUUGUGAUAGAAA